AUGACCACGACGGUGACUACGGCUUUCAGCUCUCAGGCCGGCACUUUGGGCGCAUCUGUCCCUCCAUUUACCGCUCACGCCAUCUCCGUGUCGCUUCCGACAUGGAAGGACACCGUAGGGUACGAGGAAGGUGACAAGCGAGUGGUGGAUGCGAUGGUCUCAGGCUACCCGCGAUUCUUCUUCCACCUCAGCAUCCAAAAACUAGCCCAAAUAUGCGAGCAGAAGUUCGGCGUGAACGGCGAGCGUUGCCUUCUCUGUCCGACACGUAAGAUUGCAGAGCAAUGUCGUGCAUUCAUGAUUGAUCGGUCUUCCAAGACGGGCUCUGCGGUAUCCGUGCGCCUUGUUCAGUUCCUUAUCUGCCCAGAGGACGAGCCGGAGACGACCGAGUCCUGCAUCGAGCUCUACAUCGUGCUGUUCCCCGGUGACUCGUUCCCUCUGGCGAAGCAGUUCUUCCAGCACACUGGUCUAUGCAUUUCUAGUCGAUACGCCGAGCACUGCCUGUCAUUGUUAGAGAAGGAAAAACCUGGCUCUCCCAAGCCUGCGUUCGCACGCCCACAUACGCGGACUCCGAAUCGGCACUAUUCGACUAACAGCUUCAGCAAGUCCCCGCCAGCGACCCCAGUGCCAGGGCACAGCACGAGGCUUCCUGCGAAGCCAACGGAUGAGGCGCUUAGUGCGGAUCAGAGUGUGUAUGUGGAAGAACGGUACGGACGGAACCUCCCACUCGCCUCUGCUGCUGCGGCCAAGAGGGCACUCCGCCGACGCAUUGCUGGUGUGCUCGUGCAAGAUAGUCCGAGCGACUGGUCCACUGCGGGAGGCCACGAAGCAGAGCUAGGCCCGAGUACGAGAGGCGUGGAAAGCGUGACCGAGGACGAUGUGUACCUGUAUUCCACGGGUAUGUCGGCCAUUUGGAGUGCACAUCAGUUAGCUCUCGGUGUGCUUCCUGCAGCCAAAAGCAUUUGUUUCGGCUUCCCGUAUACCGACACGCUGAAGAUCCUAGAGAAAUGGGGUCCUGGUUGCCACUUUUUUGGUCGCGGCACUGACGAGGAGCUUGAGGAGCUCGAAAACUUGCUGGAGAAGAAGACUGCAGACUCGAGCGAGCCUCCCGCGCUCGCUCUGUUCACCGAGUUCCCUUCGAACCCCCUCCUGCGUUCUGCAGAUCUUCCUCGACUACGAGCACUCGCGGACAAAUACAACUUCCUGGUCGUCGUCGAUGAAACUCUUGGCAAUUUCGUGAACGUCGAGGUCCUCCCUUACGCCGACAUUGUCGUGAGCAGUCUUAGCAAGGUCUUCAGCGGCGAUGGCAAUGUAAUGGGCGGCAGUCUUGUUCUGAACCCACACGGCCGGCAUUAUGCAGCGCUCAAGGCCUACAUGACACAGAGCUACGAAGAUUCUUACUUUGACGAAGACGCCAUUUACAUGGAGCGCAACUCGCGCGACUUCAGACGGCGCAUCGAGAUCAUUGACGCGAACGCGUUCGCCGUGUGCUCCUUCCUUCGCUCGCGCUCGCUCGACGAUCCGUCGCCCCCUGCUCGCGCGGCCAUCAACCAGGUGUACUAUCCCAAAUGGGAGACUGCCGCGAACUUCGACCGCUGUCGGGUCCGCAAGGACGGCGUACCCACGGGAGGGUAUGGUGGGCUGUUCUCGCUGACGUUCACCACCACCGCAGCGGCACAAGCGUUCUUCGAUGCACUUUCGUGCCAUAAAGGCCCGAGCUUAGGCACAAAUUUCACGCUGGCAUGUCCCUACGCGAUCCUGGCACAUUUCGCGGAGCUCGACUGGGCGGCCGGAUAUGGCGUGGAGUCGAACCUGGUGAGGGUCAGUGUCGGCAUGGAGGCGCGCGCUGCCCUCCUGCGAUGCUUCGAAAAAGCGCUCUCGGCGGCCGAGGCUGCCUUGGACAGUGCAUGA